CUCAUCACUACAUUUGCGCAGUGCUGCCACUUUGUUAGGCGUUGCCAGUUUCAGAGAAAUCAGCAACGCUGGCAACGCCAUUGCUCAUUGUACACAUUGCUACAUAUGUAUCUCAGCAUUGUUGCCAUUCACACGUAGGCGUUUGCAAAAACCAAGCACGUUCUUGGCAAAUCAAUACAAAAUCAACAAAAGUCGAUCGAUUUUUGCAAUAAAUUGUAAUUUAUUUGCCAAAAACAUUCACCUCAUCCGACACGUGCGAAACGAACACGCGACAAUCAACUACGGAGUUGUGGAAAGCUUUUUACAAUUUGUCGCCGCCGCUGAACGAAAAGAUUUUUGCGCGUCGCAAGUCUCGCGUCUCGACUGUCUCCCUUUCUCUCGUUUACAUACUGUUUGCGUUUCUGUGUGUCGUGUUGUAUAUGUGUGUGUGUCCAUUGCUCUAGAUUGUCAAUUAUAACCGAAAACUAUUGUGAUUUUUGCAUUAUUCCUGUUCCUACUCCCACAAAUACAUUCAGUCAAGCACCCACAAGCCACGACAUGUCCUCCAGCAGCAGCAGCUUAUCGAGCGAGUCGAAUAAUAAAUGCGUCAACAGCGUCGCAGCGGCGCUCUGUCCGCUCAGCAAUUGCCAAUUCACGGGCGUUGUAAUUAGCGCCAUAACCGAUGAGAGGAAGCUAGAGUUUAGCAACAAAUUCAAGAGCAGCUGCACUAUUAGCUGUAGCUACGACUCCCAAGGCGUACUGCUGCGCAUUUCGCUGGAUAAUGAUUUGGGAACUGUACUCAAAGAGUACAUGAUUUGUUCGGAUACGGAGGCAGCGCAGCUGGGCAGACGUAGCUAUGCCAUCUCGCUGGAUUCAGAGAACCUGGUGCUGCAAUUUGGCAGCGACAAGGAUCAGCAUUUCUUCCGCAAGGUUGUUGAGAACGUGAAGCAUCUGCGGCCCAAGUCAGUGUUCUCGCAGCGCACCGAGGAGUCUUCCGCAUCGCAAUACUUCCAAUUCUAUGGCUACCUCAGUCAGCAGCAGAAUAUGAUGCAGGACUAUGUUAGAACCAGCACCUAUCAGCGCGCAAUUCUAGGCAAUGCAGUUGACUUCCAGGAUAAAAUUGUGCUAGACGUUGGCGCCGGUUCGGGCAUACUGUCGUUCUUUGCCGUGCAGGCUGGAGCUGCCAAGGUAUAUGCUAUCGAAGCGUCAAAUAUGGCGCAAUAUGCACAGCAGCUAGUCGAGUCGAACAAUGUGCAGCACAAGAUCUCGGUGAUACCCGGCAAGAUUGAGGAGAUUGAGCUUCCCGAGAAGGUGGAUGUGAUCAUAUCGGAGCCAAUGGGCUAUAUGCUCUACAACGAGCGCAUGCUGGAGACCUAUCUGCAUGCGCGCAAGUGGCUCAAGCCGCAUGGCAAAAUGUAUCCCACGCAUGGCGAUCUGCACAUAGCGCCCUUCUCGGACGAGUCGCUGUACUCGGAGCAGUACAACAAGGCCAACUUCUGGUACCAGUCGGCAUUCCAUGGCGUCGACUUGACCACGCUGCACAAAGAGGGCAUGAAGGAAUACUUCCGUCAGCCAAUUGUGGACACCUUCGACAUUCGCAUUUGCAUGGCCAAGUCGGUGCGGCAUGUGUGCGAUUUUCUCAACGACAAAGAGGAUGAUCUCCAUGUUAUUGAUAUACCGCUGGAGUUUCAUAUAUUGCAAACUGGUAUUUGCCACGGACUUGCGUUUUGGUUUGAUGUCGAGUUCAGCGGCAGCAGCCAGAACGUUUGGCUAUCGACGUCGCCCACUGCACCGCUGACGCAUUGGUAUCAGGUUCGCUGCCUCUUGCCCAUGCCCAUCUUUAUUAAGCAGGGCCAGACGCUAACUGGACGCGUACUGCUGGAGGCCAAUAGGCGGCAGUCCUAUGAUGUAACCAUUGAUCUGCACAUUGAGGGCACAUUGAUAUCAUCAAGCAAUACACUCGACUUGAAGAAUCCGUAUUUUCGGUACACGGGGGCGCCAGUUCAGGCGCCGCCGGGGACUAGUACGCAGAGCCCUUCGGAGCAAUAUUGGACACAAAUGGAUUCGCAGGGUAACCGCAAUUGCAGCAACAUGAUUAAUGGCGGCCUCAGCGUGAAUGGCAUGGCAGAUGGCGGCAUGGACAUAACCCAUGGACUUUUGCAUCCACAUUAAUGACUCUCAACAUCCUAUGGCUAUGAUUUGAAUUGAAACUGAGCUAGUUACCAUAAUUUAUUUGAUCUUUAUGUUCCGUUAACUGCAAAAUUCCCUUAUUUAUUUUUAUCGAAAGUUUAAUUUUUAAUUUAAGCAAUUGAGAGAUUGAAAGGCGAACGAGAAAAAGAGAAAGAGAAUUGAAAUAUGAAUGAAUUGUAAAUCUUGUAAAUUGCGCGUGCUCAAGCUGCAGCUUUUUGUGUGUUUAGUAUUUAGUUUUAUGUUAUGCUCAAUUGUCAAUCUAUGCCACGAGUUAUAUUGAGUGUGCUUUGUGUCUCAAAGGACGAUAAUCUUAAGCGAGUGUCGAGCAGCAGAAGGAGGAGGAGGAGAAGUAAAUUCGCAUAGGCAAACAAUCAAUAAGGCAGACUAACAUAUGUAGUUGUUUAGAACAGCAGCAUAUAAUCGAUAAGCUAAUUUUAGCCUCCCUAGCAUUUAGAGUUUUUAAACCUAUGUGUAUGUAUGUAUGUUCUUAUAAAAUACGAGUAUCAUACUUAAUAUCAAAUAAUCAAUGUGAAGUCAAGAAACAGCUGCAGCAGCUUCAGGCGUAAAUUGCAGUUAAUAAGAAUGAAAGCUUUGAACAAACAUCCACUCAAUUAAUUAAAUACACACGAACACACACACACACACACACAUAAAUGUAUGUUAAUAUUAUGUUAAGUAAAAACGAUUAUGUAUAUUCUAUUUAAAUUGUUUUAUGUACCUCAAACCGACAACAAAACUAGUUUCAAAUUUUAUUACGAUUAAAUAGUUUCACUUAGUUUCGCAAAUUAAACGGAUUGCUCAGAGAAUUUAGUUGAUAAGUUUGUAAUUGUGUUUACGAGAUAGUAGAGAUUAUACGGUUCCAAUUGUAAAACUCAAUUCUUUUAAUUUAGACUUGCUCUCAACUCUCAACUUCAACAUAUGAACAAUAUACAGCUGCCAUCUACUUAUAUACAUAUUAAAUACGCGUAAUAAAUAUAUAAGUGUGUAUACAUAAUACAGACCGUGUACUUUUUAGUGAGCAGCUAUUUUGCCAACAAUAUACAUAAAUGUAAUAACAAUAAUAUAGUCAGCAACAACAACAACAACAACAACAUGACCACCAACAACACAUACAAUGCAUACUGAAUAGAUAUACACGUAUAAUUAUAUUUAACUCUAUAUACUCAUGCAUAUACUUAUGCAGAAAACAAAAAAGAACAAUUUCAAUGCAAGAACAGAAAUGAAAACAACAAAAACAACAAAAAUACAACUGCCUUUCAUUUUUCUGCCAGCGUCUAUUUACAUAGGAAACAAACGUAUCACAUUUGUAAAUGUCAACGCUAAAGCUAAAGCUAAAGCAGCCCGCGCUUGCGGACCUUGGCCUCAACUCAAAGGUGCAGCACACACGGCUUACUGCCACGCUUACCGCCCGCCCGCUCGCUUGCCUUGCCACACUCUUGGCUUGUUGCAGGUGUUCAAAGUAAGCCAUAAACUAUAUUUCUGCGCGUGUGUAUGUGUGUCAACGUGUACAUAUGCAUAUGUGUGUGUGUGUGUGUGUUGACCUGGUUAAAAUUUGUGUACAUAGCAUGUUUAUGUAUGCGAGCGUUCUAGUUUCCAGUCGCCCCCGCGCCGCCAGUGCUCAACUAAUUGAAUUUAAUACAAAAAAAAAAUAAAAUCACUGCACUUUCAGUUUUAGGCACUUUGCUAAUUUAAUGCACAAUUAUGCGACACUGUGCAACAAUUUGUUGUUGUUGUUGCUGUGGCUGUUGCUGCGUCAAGGCCUGUGGCACUUGCCGCUC